AAAGGCUGGAUGGCCUACUGUUCAUCAAACCAGUUCAACUCGGCAUUUGUGCUCGUGCUCUUUGGCGCCGUCCUUCUGCUCUCCAGCCUCGACGUGCAGCCCGCACGCGUCGCCGACGUGCGGUGGACGCGCAGCGAUGACGGGCGCCGGCCGGCCGCUUUGGGCGUUCACGACCGGACUUCGGAGGGGCCGCGAGCGGAGGACGCGCGGCUGAGGGCCAGCCUUCCAGCUAACCGUCCCGCCGUCGGCACAUGCGAGUCGCUCGAGUGCGCGGCGCGGCUUGGAGUGAGCGAGCCGUCGUGGGUGGACCUCACCUUCCAGCCGCGAAUUGACUGGAGGGGCGGCGGCGUGCGAGGUGACUGUGUCGCCGGUGAGCUCGAGUACAUCAUGCCCAAGUACUGCUCUCCCCGCGCCAAGAGGGCGGGCGGGUGGCCUUCUGAGGCGCGGCUGCGCGAGGCGGACGUGCACGCGAACGGGCUGCCGCAGGCGGGCCUGGGCGAGCUGGCUGCGCUGCUGGGCGGCAAGAGCGCUGCUCGUGGUGCGAGACUCGGUAUGGAGCAGGUUUGACCAGAAGAAGACUGUGACAACCCUAGGCAAGACGCUGCUCGUGAUGGGCGACUCGGUGAUGGAGCAGUUUUACAACACGCUGCAGUGCCUCGCGGCGAAAGAGUCGCUCAAGGUGCCCCACUCGGCCUCGCACGAGUCCUUCCUGCUCGCGACCAAGCCCCUCUGGAACAGAGGCAAGCGGAAGAAGCCGCCCAAGCUGCCCGUCGAGGUGGCCAGCGGGAUGCGGAUGAUGUAUGCGCGCGUGACGACGAUGCAGCCGGACGAGGUCGAGGCGGCAAUUGGCUCGGCCGACGUUGUGCUCCUCAACUGGGGACUUCACUACCAGGAGAUGGACGGCUACCGCACGGACCUGCACCACUCGAUGGCACGCCUCGAGGCCUUCGCGGCGGAGCCGGGCCGGGCGGCGCUCUUCCAGGAGACGGGCGCGCAGCACUUCAAAUCGUCAGACCGGCGCGGCUAUGCCACCGGCGAGUGGGAGCAGCGCGACAAGAGCAGCGACAAGCUCUGCUCGUGCCAGCGGACGGAGGACUUCAACGUCAACACGCGCAACCGCGUGCUGCAUGAGGUGCUCGGCUCGGGGUCCUACCCGCACGUGAGGCUCCUCCCCUUCUACAACCUCACCCUGCCGCGCUGGCGGUGGCACUUUGGAAACUGCACGCACCGCCCCAACGGGUGGAACUACGACACGUGCUGCGACUGCACCCACUUCUGCUUCUCGCCGGCGAUGUGGGGCGCCCACCUGCACAGCCUGCUCGCGGUUCUGCGGCGUACGGCGGUCGCGGAGAAGCCGGCCGAGACCGUGCGCGAGAGGGUCGCGCGAGGCGCAGCUUGAGCGAAACACGCCGACGAGGGCUUACCCACAGGAUUUAGGCAUCGCUAAGAAAAAAACGGCAACGAGGGGGGCCUUAAUUAAAAAGAGAAAAAUCACCUU